AUGGCGCGCCGACAUGCCUCACCCGCGCCUGAGAGCCAGCAAAUGCUUUCACUCAGUCGUCUUCUCGAGAAGCCAAAGAAAGAUGACGCUCCGAUGCAGGAAUUCCGCGCCACGAUAAAUGCCGAUCAGAAGAAGUACAACGCACUACUAGCACAGCGAAAGCUCCAAGCCGAGAAGGAACAAGAGCGCCGUCGCGAAGAACUCACCUCCACCGUCUUCGAAGCCCUGCAAACCCCCAACCGACCAGCAAAGGGCGAGCCCGAAACCUUCGCAGGCACACAAAUCGCAGGCAACGCAGUCUACACCUCCGUCAGCAGUGUCCUACGCGCAUCCGAGGCCCUCGUCAACGAAUACCAGAGGCUAGACGGCAUGAUUGCGAAACUACGAGAAGAGCAGCCCGAUACUAUCGCAGACACAUGGAAGCAGGACAUCGAGGACACGGACAAGCAGCUCAAGAAGGGCGCGAGAGUUGCGCUGAGGAAUGUCAAGAAGGUGCUCGGAGCUGAUGUGGAGGACUCUGUGAUGACGGACGAAGAUGGCGAUGUGGAUAUGGAGGGAGACGAGAAGGUGGAGCUGAACUAUGAGCUGCAGAAGAGUUUGAGGUAUGCGGAGAGGGGUGUUAAGAGGAUGGUCAAGGGAUUGCCGAUGGAUGUCGAAGAACUUCAGAAGAAGAAGCAGUCGGACAUGAUGCGCUUCUUGAUGCGCGUUCGCCUUCGCCAACUUAAGGUCAUCCACCGCGCAAGCCGCCCCUCGCGCCCCGACAAGGCCCGCCGUCUCGGAUACAAGGCCAAGCAGGGUUACGUUAUCUACCGCAUCCGCGUCCGCCGUGGAGGUCGCAAGAGGCAGGCUCCCAAGGGCGCCACCUACGGAAAGCCUACCAACCAGGGUAUCAACCAGCUCAAGUACCAGCGCUCUCUCAAGUCCACCGCUGAGGAGCGUAUCGGCCGCCGCUGCGCCAACUUGCGCGUGCUCAACUCCUACUGGAUCAACCAGGACUCGACCUACAAGUACUACGAGGUCAUCUGCGUCGACCCCCAGCACAAGGCCAUCCGCCGCGAUCCUCGCAUCAACUGGAUCACAAAGGCCGUCCACAAGCACCGCGAGGCUCGUGGUCUCACCGCCACUGGCAAGAAGAGCCGUGGUCUCGGCCGUGGACACAAGUUCAACAACACCACUGCUGGAAGGAGGAAGACCUGGAAGAGGCACAACACCCUCUCCCUCUGGCGCUACCGUUAA